CGACCAAAUUCUCUGCUCGUCGCUUUUUAAGAUUCGUCUCACUCUCGACCUCGAUCUCGUUUGUUCUUCCCUCAGUUGCGAUCUCGAUCUCGUUUUAUUGGAUUUUUUUCGUAUUGGGAUGGAGAAGCUCCGGUCUGAUUUGAUGAAGGAAUCAGAAGCGACGCCCAGCGAAGUGGACGAUGGAGUCUACGAGGAGAUCGAGGCACCCAAGUUCGUUGACUUCAGCCUCCCCGAUUGCUCUCGGCCGGAUGAUCGAUCCUGGUUCUGCUCCCGCGUCGGUUGUGACCAAAAUCACGAGGAAGUUGAUCCUGAUGCUCUCCUCAGAUCCUUUCGGAUUAGGGUCAUCGAAGCCAGAAGCCCCAAUGUGUGCCGUCGAAAAGCAUGGGAUCGAGAAGCUCCAAGUUUGAUCCCAAAAUGCCCAAAAUCUGCUCCUGCAAAGUCCAUAAAGUGUAGGACUGCCGGCCGGAGCACUGUGACUUCAGUUGCUGAAAAUAUGGCAAAAACCAAGCUAAAGGACCAUCCCCUCUCGAGCUUGAGGUUAACCCCUGGUGAUGUUAAGUCAAGAUCACAACAUUCUAAGAGAAAAGAGACAUUGACGACACCAAAAAUCCAAAAACGUCCAACUAAUCAAGAGGAUUUUCGGAGUGUGAGCCAGCAAAGGGAACCAGUUAGUGUAGUGAUGAACAAAUCUGUAGCGAAAUCUCUUUUUGUUGAUACUGUUGCUGCUGCAGCAGAUACUACUAGUAACAAAGAAAAACCUGAGAGUUCUUCUCCAUCCAAAUGUGAGACUUCUGUAUCUGACGUUUGUGUUAAAAUGAAGAAGGUUAAAGUUACCAAACGCGUAAAGAAUGUGCCGAGCAGGUAUCUCUGUAUACCAAAGAAUCAGAAAAGCUCAAAGAACGCUGAAGACUCUGCACAGAAUUUGAACAAGGCUGAUAAAACUAAAAGUAAGAUGAAGUUGAAAAGUGGGGCAUCUUCAAUAUUCUGCAAUCCCUCAAAUGAUUUCAAAGCUGACAAAGAAAUGGAUUGCCAUGCGACUGCAAAGGGUGACAAGCAAUUUCUAGUUGUGAAUUCAGAUAAAGAGUGUCUGAACUUAGAAACACAAUCAGGUGAAAAGGACUCAGUAGGUCUAAUUAAGUCGAGGAAGAUAAUGAACUGCGAGAAGUAUAUACAGGACAAGGUUUCUCUCCCUCACUCUUCCAGCAAACCUGACAGUGGAGCUGAAAAAGUGGCAGCAAUGUCUAAGGUAGAUGAUGAGAAAGAAAAUGCUCCUAGCACCAAGAAAAGAGUUGUUAGUUCAAACACCCAAAAUUAUGCAAGUGAGAACAUCAUGUCUGCAACUAGAGAGAAUGAUCCCCAGAAGGAAGUUAGACCUCAUAUCAAGUCCACCACUGAAACUUCUGAUCGAGAGAAACAUAAAAGGACAAUUACAAAUCCAAGGCCUUUUAGAUUAAGAGUUGAUGAGAGGAUUCUUAAGGAAGCAAACCAGGAAAGAAGGCUUCAGGUUGAAGCUCAAGCUCAAAAGAAGAGUGAAUCUAAUCUCAAACAUGCGGAAGUAAUCAAGGUGGUAACAACCAAGGAGAAAACCACUAAAAACAUGGUAGAACCAUCAAGGCAAACAUCUAAAGACAGAAGUGUGACAACAUUGAGGAAGCCACUGGAUGCUAAACUAGGAAGAGGUAACGGCAAAAUCGAUAAUCCUUUUGUUAUAGCAAAAGGAACAAGACCUACAACAGUUCCACGAGAACCAAACUUCCAUACCGUACAUCUACCAAGAGGUUGCUCCAAGAGGGCAGAGUCAAAAAGUUGAUGCAUCCAGCUUUCGCAGCUGCCUUGACUAAUUUGUUCCACAAAAUUCCUUUGUACUGGUGGCAUCAAAUCCUUUUCAUUCAAUGGUUCCAUUGAAUCUUUCCCCGGUACUUUCAAAAUGCUUUCUGCUGUAAAUUGUUAAAUGCCUUUCUAAAGUUCUAAGGUCAUCUUUCUGUUGUAGUAAAUACUUUUUGGAGAAACUCGUCUGGCUAUUUUUCUUGAUAAAGUUCUCACUUGAUUUGACGUCAAGUAGCGUUCUUGAUUUUGUGUCUCCUGUUCUUUGCCAACACUCCUGGAGUAGAUGUCCCAAAUCCUUGUACAAACUGUUCAAUUCCUUUGUCAAUCCCGGUGCUGGAUUAUUUGGAAAAGUUGAAAUUCGAUAAUCCACGGCAUAAUAUUAAAUUUCGACUUAAUUCUCCCAACUUUUGCUAAAAUCUCUUGUCACUCUCAGAUAAAAUCUCUCUCUGGGCACCCAGUCUAGUGAUGUAAGUUUGCAAUGUGACUUGAAUGGCAUAUGUUUUUUGAUCA